GUCUUUAUCUGUGGUCAGUCCCGUCUGUCUUGCUGUCUCGCGUUUGGAUUAUUUUUACUUGAAUAUUACCUACCACGCGCAUUUUGAUACUCAUUUAAAUACUGUAUUCCUUGAUAAUUAUUCCAUUCAUUAUAACUGUAAGAAUAGUCUAUUUUGACAAGUUGUGAUGCCUCCCAAAAAGGUAGAAGAACCAGAGAAGAAACCUCUGAUUGGAAGAGUAGGUACAAACCUCAAAGUGGGCAUUGUCGGUGUACCCAAUGUUGGCAAAUCAACAUUCUUUAAUGUGCUUACUAAGAGCCAAGCUGCCGCAGAAAACUUCCCAUUCUGCACAAUUGACCCCAAUGAAAGUAGGGUACCAGUGCCGGAUGAACGAUAUGACUAUCUCUGCGAAUAUCAUAAACCAGCAAGUAAAGUUCCGGCCUUCCUGAAUGUCGUGGACAUCGCCGGCUUAGUACGAGGCGCAGCCGAGGGACAAGGACUUGGCAACGCUUUUCUAUCACACAUCAAGGCUUGUGACGCUAUUUUUAAUUUAUGUCGUGCUUUCGAUGAUGAGGAUGUUAUUCAUGUAGAUGGUGAGGUAAAUCCAAUUCGCGACUUGGAAACGAUCGGCGAAGAACUGAGACUUAAGGACGAGGAGCAACUAAUGCAGAACAUUGAAAAAUUAGACCGCGCUGUAAACCGUGGCAAUGACAAGAAACUGAAACCUGAAUAUGAUUCACUGUUGAAGAUUAAAACAAUUUUAGUAGAUGAAAAAAAACACAUUCGUUUCGGUGAUUGGAGUGCUGCUGAUAUAGAAAUUUUGAAUAAAUAUCUAUUUUUAACUUCAAAACCAGCGCUUUAUCUAGUGAAUUUAUCCGAAAAAGAUUAUACACGUAAGAAGAAUAAAUGGUUGCCUAAACUCAAAGAAUGGAUCGAUAAAAAUGAUCCUGGAGCACCUUUGAUCCCGUUCUCAGGAGUCUUGGAAAUGAAAUUAUUAGAAAUGGAUCCGGAAGAAAGGAAAGCUUACUUGAAAGAAAACAAUAUCACUAGCGCUUUGGAUAAAAUCAUUGUCCAGGGUUACAAAGCCUUGCAGUUGGAAUACUUCUUUACGGCAGGACCGGAUGAAGUAAAAGCGUGGACAAUACAGAAAGGAACGAAAGCACCUCAGGCAGCUGGCAGAAUCCACACUGACUUCGAGAAGGGAUUCAUCAUGGCCGAAGUGAUGCACUUCAAGGACUUUAAAGAGGAAGGCACUGAAGCAGCCUGUAAAGCUGCCGGAAAAUACAGGCAACAAGGCCGAAAUUACGUAGUAGAGGAUGGCGACAUAAUAUUUUUCAAAUUCAACGCGGGCGCCGGCCUGUCUAAGAAGAAAUGACGUGACAAGGUUCUGCUUCUGUUAGUACACUUUCUGUACUUUAAUCUUGUUCUCUACUCCUUGUUACAUGUCGCUUGAAUGUAUUUAUUUUCUCUCAUCAUCUCGUCAUUGUAAGAAUCAUAUUGAUAUUGCAAGUUAAUAAUAAUAUUUAUUAAUUAUGAAAUUUUAUUUAUUUGUGCUAUUAUCAGCAUAUAAAUACAGAAAAUGUUUGACUAUAUUCUCACUAGCUUCGCUACUUAGUCCUAUUGGGAAUUGAUAAUACUUUUCCCACACGAGAUAUAACCACUAAAACAUUCAUAUUACUUUUUUUGUAAUGAGCUAUAAGGAAUGUUACCUUUUUAAAUAUAUAAUAUAAGAAUAAAGAUAUGAUGCUUUUAUAAUUGUCGUUUAUUUAAAGUUAAUACGUGUACUUCUUAUAAAAAUAUAUGCAUUUAUUGCACGAAAUUAUUAGGUCUGAUGGAUUUACUAUGAAAUUCGAGUCACGCUAGGAGCGAAUGUUUGUCUAUUGUACAAUUGUACAUUGUCAUUUUAAUGGUCGUUUGAUCGAUUAUCAUAACAAGAGGUUAGCUUACAUUGGAACUAGAUAUUUGGCAUGAAAGUUGAGAGUAUAUAUACUAGUCAUUUGCUUCGAGUUGGUCGCUGCUUUUGUCCCCGCUUCAUCGAUCCUAUGAGUACCGUUAGCAACGCAAUCGCGGACGUAUAUCGAUAUUAUCGCUUCAUUUUUUUUUUAUUAUAAAUUUAUGUUUUUGUCCAAAUGUACGUUAAGAAUAUCAAAUCCCAACUCAUCUUUAACGAAUGGAGAGUUUAAUGAAAAUACGAGUAUUAUACUUUUGAUGUUGCUACCAUUUGAUGGGCCAAUGACGUCAUUUAGUAACGGCCAUCUUGAAGCAAUAGACUAGCAUAAUGAAAUAUUUAUUUAUGAAUAUAUAAUAUAAAUUUCUAGUACAUUUGGUCAUACAAACUUUAUUAUUUUCAUAACAUUACCUACUUCUAAAUAGGGAUGGUGACUAAUUUUUGUUUGUCCGUCCGUCGGUUAGAUUAUUGAAGAAUAUUAAACACGUUUCUUUUUUAUUUUGUGUAAAUUAUGCAAAGAAAUACGUAUCUUAUAUAUUUCUAUUAUCUAAUUGACGGAUCAAAUAGAUUUAUUUUUAACUAGCAUCAUCCCUAUUAACAUAAUAAUAAUAAUAUGAUCAUUAUCUAGGCACAUUAUAAUAAAAAACGGUAAUGCAAUUGUCCGAUAUCUAUAUAAAAAUCCUUUAUAUGCUGAAUUAAUGUGACUGGUUAUUUUAGUGCAAAUUGUAAUUUCGUUUUAUAUUUAUUUAUUGAAAGAUUGAGAGAUAUUGAGAUAAAGCCUUACAACUUUGCAAUUUCUAUUAUAUCUUAUUCUGAAUUGUUUAUUGCUAAGUGAACGUCGUAUUGAUAUGGUAGUUAUUGUAAAUCUAAUGAGAACUACUUUAAGUACAUAAAUGUAUAUGUACAUUUUGUAUUAAGGGUCGAUUUUUAUUUGAAUUAAAUAUUUUUAAUGAAUUUUC